CGAUAUACAUAUGUCUAUACAUAUGUAUAUAUAUGUAUUUUACGAUUGCCAUUAUUAAUUACUUUAUUUGGGUUAUGAUGUUAUGAAACUUAAAAGUUGUUAAAAGAGCCUUCGUUUUAUUAAUAUAUUUGAGAAAGUGUGAUAUUGGUGAAUAGAAAAUACAGUACAAAAAUAUGUCAUUUAUGAAUGAUAUUGAUAGUUACAAAAAAAUGAUUUCCAAAGAAAUUAUACAAACACCAUGUACAAUUGAAGAGAGUUCAACAGAAUUCAUGGAUAUACCUAAAUAUGAACACAUAGAAGAAACAUUGGUUGUUGGCGAAGAAAUAAUUGUAGCAGAAAACAUGGACAUAAAUCAACAAAUUUCUGAAGAAGCGAUUUGUGAACCGAAAGAAACCUCUGAAUAUUUUGAAGAAAGCAUAGAUGCAACAAUGCCUGUUGAAUAUAUAGAAGAUUCUGUAUCACUAUCUAGAAAUAAUGUAACUAAAGAAAAAUGGCUUCAAAAUCAUACUGAUAAACAUAAUCUAUUGUUAUCGGAGCCAGAGGAAAGUGAAUCUGAGAUUGGUUUCAAUAAAGUAGUAAGUGACGAUCAAUAUGGAGAUGAAGAAACUAUAGCUACUUUUGUAACUGCCGCUGGUCAACAAUUAGCAUUGUACGCAGUUGAAGAUUCAGAUGAAAUAUUUGCUGUAGCAAUGUACGAUGAAUUUGGUGAACCCCCAACAAAUUUUCAGUUUCUUAUGAAAGCAGAUGUUGAAAGAUUAAUAGGCGAAGGUGCUGUUAGAACUGUGAAGAAACCAACACAAAUAAAAAAGCAGCUACUGACUACACAACCACCAAUAUUUUUUCCUAAAAGCGAACCACUGAGCGAUAUACAAAUGCAUAAUGAAAGUGGAAUUUUGUCAACCGAAACUCAAAGAAUACUAAAAAAAGAAAAUGAAUGGGAUGAAAAUGCAACUUUAAUAGAAGAUCCGGAUUUGAAUUUAGAUAUAAAACAAGUUCCUGACAUUCUAUAUGCAGCUGAUAAUAAACAGACAGAUGUAACAUACUUAAUGAUGGACGAUUGUUCUGUAAACAUUGAUAAUUCCGAAGAUUGUCAAGAAGACGAUGAAAGCGAUAAUGAGAUUAUAGAACAAUCAACAGUACAGUAUAUUCUAUUUGAGGGUGAUCAAUCCGAUUCUGAACUAACAUUUGAUGAAAUUCAGGCGACUCUUCAAAAUUUAAAAAUGGCCGAAUCGAAAUCGAUGAAAAAACAACUAAAUAAAAAAGUUACCAGAGACCACAAUAAUUUUACAAAUAUCAAAGAAACCGAGUAUGAAAAUUCAUUGCAUCAAAAUUCUAAUUGCAAUUUGUCUAAUCAUAUUUCCAACACUUUAAUGGAGAGAAAGUUAAAUUUCAUAAACAGCCAGCAAGAAUUAUUAGAAACGCUAGAAGACUCGACUAUGGACGUAAUAUCGAAUACUACAAACUUAGAUCUAUCGAAUGGUUCUGUUGAAUGUGCAUCCCCCGAAACAACGCAAAUACAAUGUAAAACUAAAAGAUCUCGGAAGCAGCAGUUAAUUUUCGUUAAUCGUGACGAUUCGGAAAUAAUCAUACAACCAGCAUCUCUUUUAAGCGAGGAAGAUAAUAAUGUUAGGAAAAGGGGCAAACGAAAAAGGAGAGUUGUAGGCCAUUCUGGGUACCGCCAGAGACACAACGAAUCAAAGAGAUUGAAACGGAUCAAACACAAAGAAGUUGAAAUUAUUGAAAUUGAUAUAGACGAGGAAGAAAGUAUGCUGCAAUCGAAAAGAGAUGUUGUCGAGAUAACUAUAGAUGAUAAUAAAGAUAAAUAUUCUAGUGAUAAAGAGAAUGAAAUUAUCAUGGUAGGAGAUUCUGAUGAUGAAUCACAACAGACAAAUUCAAAAACAAUGUUACUGCAAUGUCAACACUGUUCAAGGAAUUUCAGGCAACAAAGAGCUUUAGAAACUCAUUUACGAGUCUGUUCAAAAUCACCGUCGAAUACGAUUCAGUUUAACGAACAAAAAGUAAAACAUGGAAAUAGAACAAAUGAAGAUCCAAUUAAGAAACAGUAUGCUUGUAAAAUAUGUCAGAAGAAAUUCGAUGUAGUAGUCGCGUUAGCUCGUCAUGUACGUUCGGAACAUUCUCAACGGAAGAAGCGUAGAUUUAGUAAUUCGUCGAUUGAACGACCAUCUAUAGAAAUUGAAAAGAAGAAGGAGUCUGUAGAGCUAAAAAAGCAGCUGACUAUGAUUAAAAAAAUUAAAAGAAAAAGAAAUCAACAACUAAAUUGUACCUGGGAUGUAAAAAAACUAAGUUGUUCUGAUUGUGGUAGAUGGUUUCCAAGUGCUGCCUUAUUAAGAGCACAUUGUCUGCAGCAUGGAACGAAAAAAUCUGAAAAAAUACGUAGAUGUCAUGUCUGUCAGAAAUUAAUAAAAUCUAGACUACUCUUUGGACAACACUUAAAAAAGCAUGGAAAUAUACACAAGAAUACGAAGUGUAUAGCAAACAUUCAGAAGAAAUUACAUACUACAAGAUCAGUGACAAGUAAAAUUACAACAUUGAGAAAACGAGGUCGACCACGAAAACUUUGAUCACCUUAAAUAUUGAGAAAUGGUACUUUUUUAAAUUGGUGAUUUGUGACAAAAAUUGUUACUGUAUUAUUUCCUCUAAUGUGAAAUAUGUAUAAUA